CUCGGAGCGCGAGUUGAACCUAAGGGAGUAUUAUAAGGCUGGUAAUAACAGCCUGCGUGUCUUUACCAAACUGCAGAAGAAAACACGGCUUGGUAGAAGUUCAGCGGCAGAGGUUGUGGCUUGGAAGGUUGAGCGAUCACCGUGGCAACCUGUCAUGUACUCUAUGGUUAUCACACGAUGAACGCCCGGCUGGAUUUCCGGUCUCGUCUCUAUGGCAAAAGGCAGUUAUACGCAUGCGCCCCUCAUUUCCCUGUUUAAAGGGAAGAGUACUGGUGAGGUUGUGGUUAAGGCAGCUUUUCUCGCUGGUUAGAAAAAAUGUAGAGAGGCAUGGUGUGUGCUUUGUGCCCCUCUGGUGGCCAGCUGGCAUUGCAGUGAUUUCAGCGCGGGGUGCGGGAAUAACAAAAAUAUAGAGAGAGUAGAGAGUCUUGUGGCAUUUUAAAGAGGAACAAACGUAUUCUGGCAUAAGCAUUGGUUCUUACUAUGCCGUAGCACAUUGGUUACAGUCUUUAAGGUGACUCAAAACUCUUAGGUUUUGCUGCAUCAAGCACACAGCUGACCCCUCUGGAAAUGGUUGCAGUGGUUUUUAAGUGAUUGAAACACACAGUUACUUUGCAUUCAGUAAGUGGAAGGAGCAUCCAUACUUUCUUUUAGGGUUGGCCAUGUCUGGAACUUACAAAGUCUGAGGUAGGUGUUGAGUUUGUUGGCAUCUGAGCCAGUCCCCCCUCCCAAUUGUAGGCAGCUUUUCUGUCCAUCUAACUCCCAAAAGCUGUUUUUGGUUGGAAGCGCACCGUAGCUGCAACAUUCCAAGAUGUAUUUCAAAUUCAGAUUCAUCAGUGGACUGAAGUAUAUUGGGAAACACUUCAUGUACCUGGAGAAGGAUAGAGCAUUGUUUCAUUUGUGAAGGUACUCCCACCUCUGCUCCUCAAGAAAGAGAAAAUCUUCACUAAUUAUUAGCAGAAUAUUAGACUGGGGCAUCAAGAAGAAUGGAUCAAAUUAAGUUUUUUCUUUAUUUUUAAAGAUUCUGUGCUUCGUGAUCCUCAUCUUUCUCUGGUGUCUGGUAUUUAUACACUAUUCAAGGUGUUGGCUCUGACAUAUAAAGCUCUAGGCCUAGGUCCUACAUACUUCUUGAGGCUUCGUCAUAUGAUUAUUCCUGCCCAGUAGUUAAGGAUCAUCAGAUGGCCCUGCUGUGAAGCCAAGUUACUCACUCCUCACAAGAGGGUUACAGUGUAGGGCUUUCAUAGCAGCAUAUUCUGUGUGGCAGCUGAAGUGCUGAAUUGGUGCCUGAAAUCAGUAAUAGCCUGCUUUGGAUGAGGACCAAUAAUCUGAAGCACAAUUCUGACAAGAUGGAGGUUUUGAGGAUUCCUGUUUAAUUUUCUCAGGGAGAAGGUGCUUAGCCUGUUCUGGAUGGGACAGUACUCUUCCUACAGGACCAGCUUUGCCUUUUUUGGAUGCUCUUAUAUUCAACUUUAAUCAAGCCUCCCAAACCCCUGGAUCCAGCAAGGGUUAAAGCCAGACAGGCCAUUAAGAAAACAAAGGGAAGAUGAUGAGCCAUUAAGAAAGCAAUGGAGAGGGGGUUCUGUCCCAGAUGGUAAAUGGAUGGGACCCUCCUCUAUUGCUGAGAAAAUUAGAAGAACAAAAGUCAGAGUUGAGAGUGGGCUAUGAUGUGACCUGGGGGGGGGGGGGAUGUUGCAGGUUGCAAAAGGCAGCAAGCUAGAGGAUCAGAGCACAAUGGUUGAUUUCUGUUUGAAUGAAGGCUGUGGCUAUGGGAGAAACAAAACCACCUUGGGGUGUUCAUGCUGUGACCCCUUCCAUCAUAGGCUCAGGUUGUAUAUAUGUGUAAAUAAACCCUAUAUGAUGAAUCAUAGAAUCAUAGAAUCAUAGAAUCAUAGAAUCAUAGAGUUGGAAGAGACCACAAGGGCCAUCGAGUCCAACCCCCUGCCAAGCAGGAAACACUAUCAGAGCACUCCUGACAUAUGGUUGUCAAGCCUCUGCUUAAAGACCUCCAAAGAAGGAGACUCCACCACACUCCUUGGCAGCAAAUUCCACUGUCGAACAGCUCUUACUGUCAGGAAGUUCUUCCUAAUGUUUAGGUGGAAUCUUCUUUCUUGUAGUUUGGAUCCAUUGCUCCGUGUCCGCUUCUCUGGAGCAGCAGAAAACAACCUUUCUCCCUCCUCUAUGUGACAUCCUUUUAUAUAUUUGAACAUGGCUAUCAUAUCACCCCUUAACCUCCUCUUCUCCAGGCUAAACAUGCCCAGCUCCCUUAGCCGUUCCUCAUAAGGCAUCGUUUCCAGGCCUUUGACCAUUUUGGUUGCCCUCCUCUGGACACGUUCCAGUUUGUCAAUGUCCUUCUUGAACUGUGGUGCCCAGAACUGGACACAGUACUCCAGGUGAGGUCUGACCAGAGCAGAAUACAGUGGCACUAUUACUUCCCUUGAUCUAGAUGCUAUACUCCUAUUGAUGCAGCCCAGAAUUGCAUUGGCUUUUUUAGCUGCCGCGUCACACUGUUGGCUCAUGUCAAGUUUGUGGUCAACCAAGACUCCUAGAUCCUUUUCACAUGUACUGCUCUCUAGCCAGGUGUCCCCCAUCUUGUAUUUGUGCCUCUCAUUUUUUUUGCCCAAGUGCAAUACUUUACAUUUCUCCCUGUUAAAUUUCAUCUUGUUUGUUUUUGGCCCAGUUCUCUAAUCUGUCAAGGUCGUUUUGAAGUGUGAUCCUGUCCUCUGGGGUGUUAGCCACCCCUCCCAAUUUGGUGUCAUCUGCAAAUUUGAUCAGGAUGCCCUUGAGUCCAUCAUCCAAGUUGUUGAUAAAGAUGUUGAAUAAGACCGGGCCCAAGACAGAACCCUGUGGCACCCCACUAGUCACUCUUCUCCAGGAUGAAGAGGAACCAUUGAUGAGCACCCUUUGGGUUCGGUCAGUCAGCCAGUUACAAAUCCACUGAGUGGUAGCAUAGUCAAGACCACAUUUUACCAGCUUCUUUACAAGGAUAUCAUGAGGCACCUUGUCAAAUGCCUUGCUGAAAUCAAGGUAGGCUACAUCCACUGCGUUCCCUUCAUCUACCAGGCUAGUAAUUCUGUCAAAAAACGAGAUCAGGUUAGUCUGACAUGACUUAUUUUUCAGAAAUCCAUGCUGACUAUUGGUGAUCACAGCAUUCCUUUCUAGGUGCUCACAGACUGUUUGCUUAAUCAUCUGCUCCAGAAUCUUCCCUGGUAUUGAUGUCAGACUGACUGGGCGGUAAUUAUUUGGGUCCUCUCUUUUCCCCUUUUUGAAAAUAGGGACAACAUUUGCCCUCCUCCAGUCUGCCGGGACUUCGCCCGUUCUCCAGGAAUUCUCAAAGAUGACUGCCAGUGGUUCUGAGAUCACAUCUGCCAGUUCUUUUAAUACUCUUGGAUGCAGUUCAUCUGGCCCUGGAGACUUGAAUACAUCUAAACUAGCCAAGUAUUCUUGUUCUAUCUCCUUAGUUAUUCUGGGCUGUGUUUCCUUUGCUGAAUCAUUUGCUCCAAAUUCUUCAGGUCGGGCAUUGUUUUCUUUAUCAGAGAAGACUGAGGCAAAGAAGGCAUUGAGGAGUUCAGCUCUUUCUGUGUCCCCUGUUUGCAUUUCACCAUCUUCUCCUCUGAGUGACCCCACUGUUUCUUUGUUCUUCCUUUUGCUACUGACAUACCCAUAAAAGCCUUUUUUGUUGCUUUUAACCUCUCUAGCAAGCCUGAGUUCAUUCUGUGCUUUAGCUUUUCUGACUUUGUGUCUACACGUGCUGGCUAUUUGUUUGAAUUGAUGAAGACACCACUGUCUCUGUUGUGCCUCAUUUCUAAAACGAAACAUGGACCUGGUGUCUGGAACUCUUGGAAUCUCACACUGCUUGGAGAUUUUGGUGGUGAGCAACGGUAUAUUAAAUAAAUAAUGUUUAAUUCUCUCACUCUAUUACUACUACUACUAUUAUUUUAAUAACUUGCAUUCCAGUCCAUCAAAGAUCGACCCAAGAUGGCUCAUAAAAUUUAACAACAACUAAAACAUUAAAACCACAGAAUAUAACAUUUGGUGUCUUUGAGUUUGCAUCCUGGUGUCUCUUGUUCCAACAGGGCCAGAACUUUGUAAUAAGGUUUGUCACAGAGUUCCAUGUUACUUAGAGCGGAAGCAGAAUUGUUUGUACAAGGUCAGGGAGGCUAUUUUGUCUUAAUUGCUUGGAAACUUGUAAGUGGUAUAUAAAUUGAUGACUGGUGAUAAUUCAUGUCCCAUAGCCUUUUUCUUCCUUUCCUCUUCUUUGCCCCUUAGUGACUCAGCUUGCUUCGAAACUGAUCUGCUUUGUGCUAUGACUAGCCCAAGAUGGCUCACCAUUAUUGUAUUUCAUUUAUUAAUAAUCACAUUCUAAACCACUGCCUCAAGGCGAUUUACAUAUAAGGUAAUGAAAAACAAGUUAAAAGCAGCUAAGGCUGCUCGCCCUCCCCUCCCAGCAAUACACACUAAGCAGGGUUAAGGAACUGAGGGGGCUGGUAGAAGAGUCAUGAUGUGUAGACCUUUUAUGGCUUGUGGUCUCUGAGCUAAAGGAAGCUUCUGAGAAUUUUGCAAGACAUAAACAUUUAGGUCCACUUGUUGUACAAGUCAGUGACGCCUGCCUUUGGGGAAGUAGCCACAUCUCACUUUUGAGGGAACAGCAAACAGUGCUAAGUGCCCAAAUAGUUCUGGAGCGCUGGAGCUGUACUACACCACGAGAAAAGAACAAAUGGCACGUUGGAGGCCAGGUAGGAACUGGACAGCAAAAAAAGAACCUUGAAGGGUUUGUGUGUGUGCACGUAGGCCUGUCUUCUCUACCUUGACCAGCGUUUGCUUUGAUGGAUUGGUCUACUUACUCUACUGAAAGAAGUGACGUUUGAAAAGGGAGACCAAUACCAAUUUAGAGGGUAAUUAUUAGGCUAACUAUGUGGGCAGAACAGAGGCUUCAUCAGGUUCAGCAAAAGCACAGUGUGAAUGGGAUGGAGCAGUGUGUGCUUGCUCUGCAAAAUCAAGUAAAGAAGCAGCCUGACUCUAUCCGUGAGGAUACUGGUCUCACCAGCAUUCCUGGUUGACCUGCUCCCAACAUUAUGUGUUUCUGGUAGAGAAGCAGUGACUCAUCCUGGCUUAUUGAUUUAAUAUUUGCCCCCAGUGUUUCUUGACUUCUAGCCCACUGUCUUUACUAAACAAAGAGCCCUUGUGAUAUAGCGGUUAAAGUGUUGAACUAGGACCUGGAAGACUAGGGUUCAAAUCCCAAAUCAGCCAGAAAGUUUACUGAGUGCCUUUGGGCCAGUCACCAUUUCUUAGCCUGACCUACUGCAUAGGAUGUUUGUGAGAAUAAAAUGGGGGUGGGGAGAAGUGUGUCUGCCUCCUUAAGCUCCUUGGAGGGAAGGUAGGAUAUAAAUGUGAUGAUGAUACAAAGGACCACACUGCUUUUGAACACACCUCUGCAACUUGGCAUGCAUACUCUUCCAUGACCCACCCACCCACUCCUGGCUGCCUCUUUGAGAUUAUGAUUUGGGCAUUCUCUCUUGAGUUUCAUUCUACUAUCUUUAUCUCUGACUCUGGAUGGAAAGGGAGGCUUUGGGUUAAACCUCUUCCGGAUAAUGUCUGUAUGUCUGUCUCUCCCCGCCUCCCCCCCACCCACCGCAAUCUACCAAGUGUGACUGUGAAAUAACACAGAAUAUCUAGAAACUUCCCUGUACAUUGCAUGUAGAGUGGGAUAUGAAUGUUAUACAUAAAAAAUAAAGUUUACCUCCACAUAAUAUGAAAUGGGUAUCUGCAGUUACUUUAUUUAGAUGUUUCUUUAUCUUUCACUGUAUGGUCUCAGGGUGGUGUACAGUGUAUUAAAACUCACCAAUACAUAUUUCUAAAACAUAUUUAGUCUAAAGCAAUAACCAGUAUCAAAGGUUACCUAUAGCUCUACCUGGAUUUUAUUUAUAUUAUGGGUUGUAUCCAGCUUCUCAUUCCACAUGAGGACUUCAGUUUCACACUCUUCCCCUUGCUUGGCCCCCAGUUCCCACACUCAGCCUUGGAAAACAAAUUUGGGGCAGUGCAGGAGGCACGUGAGAAGAGGAGAAGGAGGAGAAGUGCCAUUCUACUUACGGAAGUUGUUCUGCAUGCACAGUGAUUUAGCUGGCUGCAACUGUAGCAUUCUUUGAUAAGGCAUGCCAGACAGGAAGAGAGAUAAUAAGGAAGCGCUAGCACUGCUGUGAGAGCAGCUUAAAAAUGGAAUUUAUAUAUAUUUAAGGUAGAUGUGUGCUUGUAUCAAACCUGUCCAUUUUACCCAGCCUUCCAAAACAAAAACCAUAGUAACACAUAAGGCAGUGGCCAACUAGAUUACAUGAUUAGUUUGUUACCCUAGAAUCAAUGGGAUGUAUGGAGCACCAUCUCCCCAGUUUGUUCCCUGCCCUCCCUUGCAACAUAUGCUUAAUGAGAUCAUGGUGAUAUGGGCAGGAAUGCUAUGUGAAGUAUACUGCGUCUGGCUGGGACUCAACUUUGCAAAGGUUCUACUCAUAGAAGGCAAGAGAUAGAGAGCAGUUCCUAUAAAGAGGCAACAGAAUGGCCAAAUGAUGAUGAUAUCCGUUUAUUGUGAGGACCAUGCCUGUACACAAACAUUAACACAACAAUAGUUAAAAGAUAUUAAAAUUCAUUACAUACUACGCCAACAAAACCUUCAUCCCACAAAAUAGAAAGAGAGGGAAAACGAGCAACGAGUUAAACAGACGAUGAAGGGGUCUUUACAUUGUCAUCCAUAAAUCUUUCCCUGGCUUUCACGGCCUUUAUCACAAAAACCGCUACCACAUGGGUAAUACGUGGGUUUGCAUCAACUAACAAAAAUUUUACUCUAUCUUCAGGAUUAGUUAUAGAGUUGGGUAUAAUUUGCAGCAAUGCGUCUCUAAAGCUCGGUAGAUGGGGCAAUAGAGGAGGUAAUGUGUAAGAUCCUCUUUAAUUUUCAUAAGGCAAGGGCAUAAACGAUGUUCUACUGGGGUUUUUGUGAAUCUACCGGUCAGAUAUGCAGUUGGCAGUGUUUGAAACCGUGCCAUAGUGAAAGCUCUCCGAAGGGUGGGGUCAGUGAUCUCCACCAAGUAGUUGGCACAGAUUUUGACUGCUUUUACUCGGGGAAACCAGUAGGAAAACCCAGAGUUUUUUAUCUUUGUGGAGUCCAAAAAGGCGUCUUUUUCAAAGAUCGAAUGGCCAAAUAAUAAAAAGAAAUUUUGGCUCAGCUUACAACCAGAGGCAUACAUUUCCUGUUCACCUUUUCUUUCUCCUUUCUAUAAGCUAUGCAUCCUUGCCAGAUGUAUUUUCAGGGAGCUUAGGAAUUUUAUAGGCAGACUCUGUAGUUUUUAACUGAUGUGUUUCUUUCCUGCUCAUAUGCUAGUAUUACAAUAUGUAUUUUAUUUGUGUUACUAUCAGGUGUUUUUUGUCACUAUCCCCCGCCCUGAGAUCAUGUGAAGAAGGGUUUCCUCUUGUGGAUUCUAACCUCACAUACAUAGGAUCACAGGUUUGGAAGGGAUCCAUGAGUAUCGUUCAGACUGACCCACCUCAAACCUAUAACAAUAUAAAAUAAUGCCCUAUUUGCUUUGAUGGUUAUAACUACAGUGGUACCUCGGGUUACAGACGCUUCAGGUUACAGAUGCUUCAGGUUACAGACUCCGCUAACCCAGAAAUAGUACCUUGGGUUAAGAACUUUGCUUCAGGAUGAGAACAGAAAUUGUGCGGUGGUGGCGCGGCAGCAGCAGGAGGCCCCAUUAGCUAAAGUGGUGCUUCAGGUUAAGAACAGUUUCAGGUUAAGAAUGGACCUCCAGAAUGAAUUAAGUUCUUAACCCGAGGUACCACUGUACAAGAAGCCUGUGUUUAGUGUUUUGGCUGGUGAAUUCAAAGGCACACUAGCUAAUUGUCAGUCUGCAGGAAGAACCUUGCUCUAUCGUGUAUUUCUCUCCUCCAAUGCACCUUUUUUCUGUCACACAUCUUUUCCCUUGUCCAUCCCUUUCCAUAGCAUUUUCUGUCUCACUCCUGCACACAUGCUGUGAGUGGGGCAGUGGGUGGCUUACAGCUUGCAAUGGAUGAAUCUGUCAAUUUCUGUUUCUCAGUUUCUAAUUUCUUAAAUCUUAAAUUCACUUCUCCGCUCUUCUGCAUCAGUUUAAGGUUUGUUUGUUUUUUAACAAAAAAAUUACAUCAUGAACAUUCAUUUGUAUCAUAAUUCGUUUUGGAGAAAGAUCGUAAAUUUGAUGCUUCUUAAAAGUGGGAGAAGUUACGGUUACAUUCAUUUGCAUUCUAGUGUGAAUUUCUCCUAAUGGACACAUUCAUGCAUGCAAUUUUGCCAAAUAUACACAUGCAAGCAGCACUCCUUGAGAACAUAACACAGGAAGAGCCCUUGGCCAAAGGCCCAUCUAGUCAAGCAUCAUCUUCCCCACUGUGGCCAACCAAAUAAUAAUAAUAAUAAUAAUAAUAAUAAUAAUAAUAAUAAUAUAUGCCUUCCAUCCAGAGGCAUAGUUGGGGGGGGGGGGCUAGCCAGAUUGUUUUGCCCCAGGUGAAGCCUCCAGCGGGGUGCCAUUAAGGCUCCUAGCCUGUGUGUGUACGCAUAUGUGUGUUUGGUGCGUGUGCCAAACUGGGUCUUUGACCCUGGUGAAAUAAAGCCUGGGUUCGCCCCUGUGCCCAUCUGCCUGGAUUGCCCAGCCACUCUAGGCAACUCCCAACAGAAAACAUUAAAACCACAAUACGACAUCACACACUUAAACCUUUGGCCCCCAGUUGUGGUGGAGCUUCAAGCUCGGGGGGGGGGGCGAGAGCAGGCAGGGGCGCGGCUGGCAUGCAUCCCAGGGGGCGUGGCGCACCGCCUGCAGGGGCAUGGCACCCAGCGCUGGAUGAGGGGGCAGCCGCGAUGGCACCCCAGCCGGAUCGUACCACCAGGAUCUUGCGCUCCCCCCCGCACCCUUGUUCCUUCACCAGUGGCCCCCAGACUGAGGAAGGUUCCCCAACCCCGAUAUAGAGGGUGCCCUCCUGAACACCCUCAUACAUCUGCGAAGCCCAGAAGCAGAACAUGAAUGCAAAAGCACCCUCCCACUGUGCUCCUGAGCAGCAGGUAUUCAGAGGCAUGCUGCCUGUGGUACUGGAGUUAAUAUACAGCCACCAUAACUAGUAACCAUUAAUAACCUUAUCUUUCAUUAAUUUCUCUAAUCCUCCUUUAAAGCAAACCAAGCCCUUCAUAUAUCUUAUGGUAUUGAAUUCAAGGGGAAUAAUUCAAUGUUGCACAAAGCCAAUAGUUUCAACAUUUGGGCUUUCCAGGAGGAAUGAUCUUCAUUCUUUCCUCGCACGCACUGUUCGGGGGGGGGGGUGUUUCUCCUGGCACCCCUCAGUGACCCAAUUUUGAGGCAUGUGGAUGGGAGCAGGGCAGGGAAAGCACCAUUUAACAAGUAGAAGUUCUUGCAUUGCUUCCACGGAUGGGACUCUUUGUUGAAUCCUGUUCCAUGGUUUUAACUACCUUAUUUUUUGCUCUAUAAGACUCACUUUUUCCCUCCUAAAAAGUAAGGGGAAAUGUGUGUGCGUCUUAUGGAGCGAAUGCAGGCUGUGCAGCUAUCCCAGAAGCCAGAACAGCAAGACGGAUCGCUGCUUUUGCUGCGCAGCGAUCCCUCUUGCUGUUCUGGCUUCUGGGAUUCAGAAUAUUUUUUUUUUCUUGUUUUCCUCCUCCAAAAACUAGGUGCAUCUUAUGGUCUGGUGAGUCUUAUAGAGCGAAAAAUACGGCAUAUGCUGUGUGAAGAAGUACUUCCUUUUAUAUCUUCCAAUGUUUAGCUUCAUUGGAUAGCCCCAGUCUCUAGCAUUAAAAAAUACUAAGAUACUCUCUUCACUUUCUUCACACCAUGAAGCACAUGUCUUUAUACACGUCUAUCACUUUCCACAUCUUCUAAACUGAAAAACCCAAAAUGAUGUAACUUUUCUUCAUAGGGAAGUUGUUCCACCCUCUCCAUUGCUUGGGCUUUUCUGAAACCUUUUCAGUCCCCAAUAUCCUUUUUGAUGUGUUGUGACCAGAACUGUACUGUAUAUCGUAUUCCUAGUGCAGUCACAUCAUAGAUUUGUAUAAGGGCUUUAUGAUGUUGACAGUUAAUCCAUUUCCUAAUGAGCCCAACACAGAAUUUACUAUUUUCAUAACUGCUGCAUGUUGGGGUUCAACAUUUUCAUUUAACCAUCCACCAAGGCCUCGAAAUUCCUGGUCAGUCACCCCCACUUCAGACUAGAUUAGUAUAUAAGUGAAGUUAUAAUUUUUUUUCUCCAAUGUGCAAAAGUUAGUUGUUUUUGCUUUAAGAAAUAAAAACAAGAUAAUUACUAAUUCCCAUUGAAGUGUUCUGUGUCAACUUUGCACACCUGUAUCAGUGAGCAACCUAGCACAGAGAUGUGGAUUUAACGUUGUUGGUUAGCCAUGUAGUAAACAGUUGCAUUAUAUGAGAAUAUGAGGGCUGGGGAAAGAAGCGGAAUAAUUUUUUUUAACUUAUUACCUACACUACCCCAGCUCAUAGAACAUUCUCCAAAGGAUCAAACAAGUGGGACAGUGACUGUUCUCAUAGUAAUCAUUCUCAUACCUAUUAGAAUACCUCAAGCAAAGCAAUCCAAUGGUGGCCACACGUGGAGGAAGCAACGCAUCUCUCACUGGAACUAUGCUACAUUUCUGUGGUGAUGCAUACAAUCAUAGGAUGUGGUGUUUUUUUGGAGGGGGGUUAACCUGUGUUUGUGUUGAAACAUCACUGAAAAGUUGAGUGGUCCCAUUGGCUCUUACAAAAUUUGCUCCGUACAGCUGGGGCUACAAAGCUAUCUGAAUGGGGCCUUUUACCAGAUUUGGAUCUGGCCUCUGUGAUACUGAUCUCAUAGACACUAAGGGCAUCCAUUUCCCACGUGCUUCAUUUAUUUUAGGCAUUUGUACCCUGCUCUUGAGAAGCUUUCUAGAGAGGCUUACAUAAAAUCAAAACAAAACACUCCCUGCUUGUAGGCUUGCGGUCUUAAAAACACAGACACACAAGGGAAAAGCGACAAGGAGAGAAGAGAAAAAGCAAAACUCAGGCACCAAUUUCUAGGCAGUUGUUCCUAUAUUGACUAUUAUUUUGUUCCAUGUGGCUUUGUACAUGGCCUUACCCAUAUGGAGAAGAAAUACUUGUUAGGUGGUACACAGCCACUUCUGCAGUUGUAGCAGUAGUUUUUCCAGCCACUCACAGCUACAACUCUCACUAUCCUGGUUUGCUACCUGGACCUAAGCCAUGGUUUGGCUUAGCAUGAUGUCUAAACUUGGAUUCCUGGGUUCCCUCACUUCAGUCAAGCUACAGGCUGUAGUCAAGGUUUGUUCUCUGCUUAUCACUCAUAGGUUUGUCUCAGUGGCAGAUUUAGGUUUGAGGAGGCCCUAAGUUACUGAAGGUAAUGGGGCCUUUAUAUGUCCAGCUGUCCUUUGUCAACCACAAAUUGUCACUGUUUUUUGUGUUGAAUAUAUGCUAUAUGGUAAUUUAUGGACCUAAUAGGUCCAUACACAACACAAACACUGUUGCUGUAUGUAGGUUUUAUUUUAUUUGUUUUUUUCAUCUUAUAUUUUGGAAACGUACAUCCUUUAAAUUUUUGGGGGCCCCCAAGAGAGUGGAGCCCUAAGCUAUAGCUUGUUUAGCUUAUACAUAAAUCUGGCACUGGUUUAUCUGGGGGAGACAAGCAACAUGCCCAAGUUUGCAUGUAACACCAAACCAAACCAUGGGUAAGCUCUGAGUAAUGGAGCAGCUGCUGGACUGGAGGAGGAGUGAAAUAGCUGCAGUUUUUGCUGUGAAUACCAGCAUGCUGUCUUGAUCACGUACAGCCAUAAGAACUGGGUCACUGUGUACUUUCUAAGCCACAUUACAUAUUUUUCUACAUGGCCAUUUUGCAUAAACCAGUGGUGUCCAAACGUUCUUCAAAGAGGGCCAGAUUUGAUGAAGAGAAGGGCCGUGGCUGCCAACCAAAGGGCCAACCAAAGUUGUUGACCUUUUUUUAGGAUUGAAGUUGUUGAGCUUCUUUUAGGGUUGGAGUUGUUGAGUUUCUUUUAGGACUGGAGGUUUUUUUAGGAUUUUACCCCAGGAAAUAAACUGCCACAGGGACCGGAUUAGGCCCCCGAAACAGACUUUGGACAUGCCUGGCAUAAACAAAAUACAGUAAAUGAUGAUUUUCAAAGGGUGUGUGGAUUUUAAUACCACCCCUUAGCUACUGUUUCUUUCUCUAGAUUCCAUAGAAAGUUUGACCCCAUCUGAAAGGGAUUAUGAGAAUGUUGUACCUCCCCAUUUGCUGAGAUGGCAACAACCAACCCCACAGCAAACACAGAAAGCAGAUACAGGUAAGUGAUUCUUAACAGCACAAUAAUGUCCAUGGCCUCAAUCUGGUUUGGGGAUUGGGAAGAAGCCAAUGCAUGCGCUGUGGAAAUGCCUGUGAGGUCUCACCCUAUCACCCCAUCCAAAGGGCCCACUAGAACCUGUUUAAAUAAUUGCUCACCUAGAUCAUUUCCAGGUAAAUAAAUAAACUAUCCUAUUGGGGGAGUUAAAGCCAUAUACUGGGGGAGUUAAAGCCAUUCGUAUAGUUAAAGCCAUGGUUUUCCAUUACUGAUGUAUGGAAGUGAGAGCUGGACCAUAAAGAAGGCUGAUUGCCGAAGAAUUGAUGCUUUUGAAUUAUGGUGCUGGAGGAGACUCUUGAGAGUCCCGUGGACUGCAAGAAGAUCAAACAUAUCCAUUCUUAAGGAAAUCAGCCCUGAGUGCUCACUGGAAGUACAGACCGUGAAGCUGAGGCUCCAAUACUUUGGCCACCUCAUGAGAAGAGAAGACUCCCUGGAAAAGACCCUGAUGUUGGGAAAGAUGGAGGGCACAAGAAGAAGGGGACGACAGAGGACGAGAUGGUUGGACAGUGUUCUCGAAGCUACAAACAUGAGUCUGACCAAACUGCAGGAGGCAGUGGAAGACAGGAGUACCUGGCAUGCUCUGGUCCAUGGGGUCACAAAGAGUCAGACACGACUAAACGACUAAACAACAAAUUAGGGGAGUAGGUUGAUGCAGAUCAUGAGCUGAGUGACCACACCAUGUUGACAUCUUUCCAAGGCCUUCAUUAUUUUUAACCAAUAGGAUGUUUCGUUAAAUGACUCACUGAUGCUGAUAGGUCAGCUUCGUGCAGAAAGGUAGAAUGGAUGUGUCCUUGAGCGAUACACCUCCCUUAAACUAAGGCUGUGUGCACACUGUACCUUUAUAGCACAUUCAAAACAUCAUUUUCAUAUAAGCAGCAUUUUUUUUUCUAGACAGAAUGGUGCUGGAACGUACCUCCCUCAGAUGACCCACCCCAGAAGCCCUCCUUCUCCUGCUUUGAUCAAACACCAUCUAUUACAGAUCAUAUAUCAGGAUGCCUGGUGCUUAUCUGCCUGCUGUACACACUAGGCUCAUCUGUCCUUUCAGAAGGAUUGAGCCUAGAAGACAAGGAAAUUGGUGGUCUGAGGCACCACUUAACAGGCCCAUGGAGAGUUUGUCUGAGGCACAGGGCAGGAUUCUUGAUAGAAUAAAACUAUAAACAAAAAAGCAGCCAGUCCCUGCCCACCCCACCUUCAGCUGGCUUAGGCCUCCGAGGCCCAGGGCAAGUAUACCCACCUGUGUCCCUCCCUCUGCAGGGGCCUGUCAAUAUACAUUAGGGGGGUUCACCCCAAGUAUCACCCUCCACCACCCCACCUCAUCUUUGAACUACAGAUCCCACCAUCUCCCAUCCACAGCAGGUGUAGUGGGGGGAGGAAGUGGGCUGCACUUAAGCAUGUCAUCUCAUAUACACAUGCCUUUUACAUAUGUACAGGUCACAGCUGGCCCCUUACUCUGUGAUACCAGCUAUUUCUCUGUGUGUGCUAUAAUAGUCACUCUUAUUGGUUAUCUGCAGGUAUGCCCACACCCACCAGAUUUACUGAUCAUACGGACUGCUGUUGUCGGAGAGCUUCUAUCGUCACCCUCUACAUCUUGGUGUUUAUUACCCUGUUAAUAGCGUCAGCUGCCUUUGUGCUGGCCUUUCUGAAAUGUAAGUUCAACAGAGGACCCGGAAGGGCACAUCAUCCUAUGCCGCUGGUCAUUUUAGUCCAAACAUUCUCAAACUUUAUACUGUGAGAGGAACUGUUAAUGUGCCACAGGAAACAGACUAAAAAAAAUAGGAUUCCUGCUAGCCUAAAGUACCCACUCCCAGAGGAGGAAGCCCACUGUGUUUCCUCAUUUUGUACAGUUCUUGCCUUCUUCCAUUCAACCCCACCAGAAUGGGGCGAGUCAUGUUACCACACCUUUCUGCAUUGUCUGAUCAGUCACUGCUAAUGCAGCAGGCCCAGAGCCACUCAGAUGGAAAUGCAGCAGUCGGGCUUCUUGCGUGGGUAAAGGAAGUUCUCACUUUUAGCAUGCUCAUGUAUGGACCCUUCUUGGAUGUGAGAAUGAAAUGUACCUUCAGCUUCUCUCCAGAAAAAAGUGCACUUAUCAGAAGUUCAUGAGGCAUUGUACUAAUUGAUGUUAGGGCAAAAGGUGUGUUGUGAGGAGGAGUGGAGAAAAUGUGGCACCCUCUUGGUUCGGCACCCAGUGUGGACAAACCGGUUGAGUACCCUUAAAUCCGCCUCUGUCUGUGGCCUUCCUGAUGCUGUUGGCCUCCAACCUUUGUCAGCCCCAGCCAGCAUGGCAAGUGGUUAGGGUGAUGGAAGUUGUACUCUACUAGCAUCUAGAGGGCCACAGGUUCACCAUCUCUGAUACACAGAAUCAAAGCCUUUUGCUGUGGGCAGCUGAUGUGGUCAUUUCCUGAUGUGAUUUUCAUGGGACUAUUGUGUAUGUGAGAAGUUGUCAAGCACCAGUUGAUUAAAUAUUCAAAUACAGAUUUGGCUCUUUUAGAGGAUAGCUAGCUGCCUUGGGUUUCUGAGGAUAGUUCAGCUAUGUUGCUGUAGCACCGGCAUGUACACUGGAAGAACAGUAGCCAAGUUGUUAGAGGGGAAAUGGUGUUAGGAGCUCUACAGCCCAAAGGAAUAGAGGAAAGACAGGGCUGAAUUAUAGGUUAAAUCCACAGCCUGUUGUGACGAUCCAUGGGCAAUGGAUCAAAACCUUAUGUACUCUCUGCUGGGCUGGGUAGAAUACAUUUGUAAUAUAUAAAUGUGCAAAUAUCCACAGCAUUAAACACUGAACAGUAUAGAAUGGGGAGCCCAGUUUUGGAUGGAUGUGUAUGACUAGCAAGCUAUGCUAAGAUCUGGAGCUUUCAUGAUUAGUACAUAGAAUCGUUUCAGUACCAUGGUUUCUUAUCCCAGGGCUCUGUGUGUUUCAGUUAUUCCUCAGUGUCCAGGGGACUUUCAGAAGUAUCAAACAAAGUGCCUUUACAUCUCCACUCAUAAACAUACCUGGGCAGAGGCACGGAGGGACUGCAGUAGGCGAAGUGCGCCCCUGGCAACGGCUGAAGCGGUGAGCAUUGGUGAAUUUCCUGGAACUAACCUUGCAUAGAGAAUUAAUUAGAUUUCAGUGAUGCAGGACACACACACACACACACACACACACACACACAAACUGUUCUUCCCAUUCUUGAUCCUCAUAGUUUUCUGUGAUGGUCCAUCUGCUACUCAGUUUCUUUACUUAACUCUAUUCCUAGGUACAGUAGUGGCAUACAAUUGCAGCCUCUUAUGUACCAUGUGUGACCUUUCCCCUUCCCAGAAUUUUACUCAGAUUCUCGCUUCACAACUUUCUCCUGCCAUUUGUUUCCUGAACACUGCCAAAUGUGCUGAAGGCACCUCAUUGGCCACUGUGGGAUGUUGAACCCAACAAAGAAGAAAUAUGUCCCAACCCAAUCACCCACAACAAAUGAGAUCUAAAUAUCAAAAUUAUACAAAAUAGAAUAGUAUGAACUAGUUAUAUAAAGCAACUUUAUAUCACAAAUAAGAACAAAUUCAAGCUGAGUGCUAAUCCACACUUCUGCUUGGAGUAUGACUUCCCUUGAUCUGGACAGUAUAGUUCUGUUGAUGUAGCCUAGAAUAGCAUUAGCUGUUUUUUGUUGUUGUUGUUGCUGCUGCUGCUGCUGCUGGCUCAUGUUAAGCUGUUGUCUACUAAGACCUGUGGAUACUUUUCAUAUGUACUACAGUGGUACAUCGGGUUACAAAUGCUUUGGGUUACAAACACUUCGGGUUACAAACUCUGCUAACCUGGAAGUAGUACCUUGGGUUGAGAACUUUGCCCCAGGAUGAGAACAGAAAUCACGCACCGGUGGCACAGCAGCAGCGGGAGGCCCCAUUAGCGAAAGCGCGCCUCAGGUUAAGAAUGGUUUCGGGUUAAGAACGGACCUCCGGAACGAAUUAACUUUAUAACCCAAGGUACUACUGUACUGGCAAGCCAGGUGUCCCCCAUCUUAUAUUUGUGCAGCUGAUUCUUCCUGUCUAAGUGUAGAAAUUUACAUUUGAGCCUAUUGAUAUUAAUUAUGUUAGUUUGGGCCCAUCUUGAAUCCUUUUUUUUUUUAAAAAAUAAUUUUUUAUUAAGGUUUUGAACACAGAAAACAGAAAAACAACACACACAGAAAAAACAAUACAAAAUUUAACAAUAAAAACACAAAACGUAACAAUUAAAAACAAACUCUCUUUUCUAUUCCCAAUUUUACAUUACUUAUUUUCUAGACUUCCUCAUACCUCCCUCUUUUGUAUUCCAAUCCACAUUAUUUGUCCAGCAGUUUCUUUUCCACUUUUUAAACCCAAUCUUUAAUUUAAUAAAAUGUUAAAAUAUAUAACUUCUACUUUUUUUAAACCUAAACCUUAUUCUUAAUGUCAUAUACCUUUAAAUUUUUCCCUUUUAUUAUCAAAUUUCCAUUUCUUUAAACAUCUUUAAUCAUGAUCUUUAGUCUUAAUCUGUCCUUAACUUUAACCUGUACAGCUGGAAACCACUUAUUUUCAAUCCAACAUCGCUCUAACAUUCCUUAAUUUUGCAGUGUUUCUGAAGAUAGUCUUUAAAUUUCUUCCAAUCUUCCUCCAUCGACUCUUCUCCCUGGUCACGGAUUCUGCCAGUCAUUUCCGCCAAUUCCAUAUAGUCCAUGAGUUUCAUCUGCCAUUCCUCCAGCGUGGGAAGUUCUUGUGUCUUCCAAUACUUUGCGAUAAGUAUUCUUGCUGCUGUUGUCGCAUACAUAAAGAAAGUUCUAUCCUUUUUUAACACCAUUUGGCCCACUAUGCCCAGGAGAAAGGCCUCUGGUUUCUUAGGAAAGGUAUACUUAAAUACCUUUUUUAAUUCAUUAUAUAUCUUUUCCCAGAAAGCCUUAAUCUUUGGGCACGUCCACCAAAGGUGAAAAAAUGUACCUUCAGUUUCUUUACAUUUCCAACAUUUGUUAUCGGGCAAGUGAUAGAUUUUCGCAAGCUUGACUGGGGUUAUGUACCACCUGUAUAUCAUUUUCAUAAUAUUCUCUCUUAAGGCAUUGCAUGCCGUAAAUUUCAUACCUGUGGUCCAUAACUGUUCCCAGUCAGCAAACAUAAUGUUAUGUCCAACGUCCUGUGCCCAUUUAAUCAUAGCCGAUUUUACCGUUUCAUCUUGAGUAUUCCAUUUCAGCAGUAAGUUAUACAUUCUUGACAAAUUCUUAGUUUUGGGUUCUAACAAUUCUGUUUCUAGUUUGGAUCUUUCCACCUGGAAGCCAAUUUUCCUGUCCAAUUUAAAUGCCUCCAUUAUCUGAUAAUAAUGAAGCCAGUCUCGCACUUUGUUUUUUUAGUUUUUCAAAACUCUGCAAUUUCAGUCUAUCUCCGUCUUGUUCCAAGAUUUCCCAAUAUUUCGGCCAUUUGACCUCCAUAUUGACCUUUUUCAAGGCUUUCGCUUCCAUCGGUGACAGCCACCUUGGGGUUUUGUUUUCUGGGCCCAUCUUGAAUCCUGAUUCUGCCUUCUGUGGCAUUGGCUCCCCUUCCCAGUUUGGUGUCACCUGCAAAUUGGAUGAGCAUCCCCUUAAUUCCUUCAUCUAAGUUGUUUAUAAAGACGUUGAAGAACCAUGGGCCCGGCACAGAACCCCAUGGCAACCCACUUGUCCCUUUUUUUCCAGGAUGACGAGGAACCAUUAGUGAGCACUCAGUCAGUCAAUCUCAUUUAGUUUGUUAAAUUAGAGGUGCAGUUGCUAUAGUCCAGAGCUAUCUCAGAGGUCCUAAUUUGGAGGGUAACUUGCAGUUCCUUUUUAGUGCUGCUUAUACUCUUCUGGAGUGAGGGGGAGGGCAAAGAGCAGACUCUGAUCUGACCUUUCCUGUUUUCCGAAGACAGUUCAGAAACUUCAGCAAGUGCAGAAUUCAGCAGCUAGGUUGCUCACCAGAGCAAGAUGGUUUGAGCAUAUUACUCCGAUCCUGGUCUGACUGCACUGGCUACCAGUUAGUUUCCGGGCCCAAUUCAAGGUGCUGGUUUUGACCUAUAAAGCCUUAAACGACUCAGGAUCACAACACCUCAAGGACCGUCUCUUCCCAUAUGAAACUACCUGGACCCUGAGAUCAUCUUCUGAGGCCCUUCUUCAUGUGCCUCCACCUUGAGAGGUCAGGAGGGUGGCAACAUGAGAACGGGCCUUCUCUACAGUGGCUCCCCAUCUGUGGAAUGCUCUCCCCAGGGACGUUCGCCUGGCACCUUCAUUAUAUACCUUUAGGUGCCAGGCAAAAAUGUUUCUUUUUAACCAUGCCUUUGGUUGAGCUGAUUGACAUCCUAUGCGCUUUUAAAAUGUGGCUCUCUUAUGGGGGGAUGUGUUAUUGGGUUGUUGUUUUUAUUGUGGUUAUAUAUAUAUAUUGUGGUUUUUAUGUUUAUCUUUUCUGUGAACCACCCUGGAACCUCCGGGUAUAGGGUGGUAUAUAAAUUCAAUAAAAUCAUCAUCAUCAUCAUCAUCAUCAUCAUCUCUCCUUAGAUCAAGGAGUUUAAUCUGAACCUUGGAAAUAAUUCUCAAUACUGGGUUGACAACCCUGAAGGAGAACAGAAUAAAGUGACUGGCAGGUAAGUAAGCUUCAUUUACUGCUGUUGGCCUCCUCUCCAAAUUCCUAUCUGCUCACAAGAAUUUUAUGACCACAUGAAGCUGCAAAUGUGUGCUGCACUUUUCAAAAGAGAACAUUAUGAAAUCAGCUGACAAGGGUCACAUCAUGGGCUGUAGGUAUCCAUUAAGCUCCAGAAGAGAGAGAGAGACAGAACGAAGACCAGUGUGGGCUAGGUAGAGCAAUUAUAUGAAUGCCAAUGUAUACAACCUUUAGUUUGUGUGAUGAAUUCACCACAAGUUUAUUUUCCCCAGAGAUCCUGGGAAUGCUGCAUCAUGUACAACACAAGAUUCCAUCUCAGGGCCCAUCCUGCUUCUUGUCCUGUGCCUAGAAAACAUGGCUCUGAGUUAUUUUCUGCUGGUCCCUUGCUUUCUAGGCAUAAAUCUAGUGGUUUUGCCUUUGCCCCGCCACUUUUCCCCAGAAAACCUGCUCUUUAGCUCUAAUUCAGAGCAAGCAGAAGUAUGGCUGAGCCGUCAGUAUAUCUCAGUUUUCUUGAGAAACCCUACUAGUGUGGGUUAAGCCCUGGAUAUGGCAAGUUGUAAUUUUGACUAACCAAAGCGCUCAGAAAGCUGGUCCGUCAUAUCAGAAUUCUCCAGAGGAGACUAUAUAUGGAGAAAUUAUCACAUUAAAAAUACUGAGAACCAAGCCUUUAGGUGGGCACCGAAUGUUAUUCGAGAGAUGACAAACCUACCAGUGCUUCCCUAAGUAAAUUGUCACACUAGGUACUGUAAUUGUUCCUACCUCUGAUGUUUCUGUAGGAACUUAGAGAACAGACCUGUAAAGGUUAAGGGGUUCAGUGUCAAUCGAAACCCCCAAACUGAUAGGCUGUCACCACUCCUGUUAACAGUCCACCCCCAACUCAGACCUGGGAGAUGCCAGACUCCUGCAAGAUUCCAGGAAAUAAGAACUAAAACGCUACUCUCUGCUGUGUGUAGCCUCCAGCAGAACAAAACACUUACAUGUUAGCCCAGUGUGACCAAAGAGAUCUAAGGCACCAGUUUAGAUCAAGGCAAGUUUCCAAACAACCACAUAAAAGUAUAGCAUAUAUUGAAGAUUUCUAAAAUAGCAGAAUGAGAACCCUGUUAACCAAUUAGAAUGAGAGAUUUUACAGUUGGUAGGAAGUGCUGAUCAGUUAGGAAGGGGAUUGGCCAACCAAAGGAAGCCAGUUCUCCUUGAUAUCACAUCAUUGAGGCUUAUCAUAUCCACCAAGGGAAAUUUUAUCAUUAGCAUUUGCCAACAAUCCAGUGAGGUGUGACAAGGUGUGUGAAUGGAGCCAACCUCCUUCUGAUGUUUCAUGUCAGAUGGAGAGCAGUGGUGGUCCAUCUUCUGUGUGUGUGAUGCUUUCGACAUGGGUUGUUCUCUCCUAGGCAAUGGAGUACAGGGUUUCUAGAUGUAGAUGUAGAUUCUCCUAAAGUGAUUGAGAGGGGGAGAGACUGGAUUUUUUUGUUACCUGUGCAGUGAAUCAGCAUAUUCAACACCCAAUAAAUCCUUCAUCCGGACCUUCCUUUAAGGUCACUUCCACCCUAUUUUCACUGGAAUUGACCUCCUUUGUUCACUAAUUUUUUAUGUGUAAAUUUCAUUUGUAAUGACAGCCCAUGUGAGCUCCUCUGCUGUCUUCCCAAUUUAUUCAGACCUGAUAAGGGCCUCUUUUUGUUGUAAAAUACAAUUGCAGCACCAGUCUGUCUAGUGUGGACUGGCAAAGUACUAUGGAGAGUACUUUUGAGUUAUUGUACCUUUUUAAUUAGUCACAUCCUCCUAAUUAGUUGAUUCCUUUUCAGUCACUAUGGCCAUGACUUUCAUGAAUUGUCCUUCAUAAGUCAUUUCCUGUUCCCUGCAAAUUACAGGAGUGGAGGAGUUUAUUGUCGUUAAUUGGUUGUAUUUAUGUUAGACACUUUGAGUGUUUCAUUUUGGAACUGGAGAGCUCAGAUGGAAAUGCUCCAAUAAAAUGAAUUAGUAAUAUAUAGUGGAACUUUGCCCAAUGAAAACAGCGUUAUCUAAAGUGUCAUGUUUUAAUUCUGCUUCCAACUGAUUGCAGAAAGGCAAUGAAUGCCUCACCAGUGCUAAAGGGUCCUGAUCAGUUGAAAGCAAUCUACGUGUCCUUGUGUGUUCCUUAACUGACACUUGUAGAAUUGGGUCAUUCUUUCCCAGUAAAAAUGAAGCAUGUUAUUCUUUCUUUAUAGAACUCGGAAGACAGAAAAUGAAAAUUGUACAUUUGUCUUCUGGAAAAACAAUACGAUUGCUCCUUCACAAACUUCUUGCACCCAUCCUUUGCAUUACAUUUGUGAAAAAUAUCAAGCAUAAGAAACGAUAUAUUUCCAUGUUACUUUGUAAGCUUUAUAUUGUCAUUUGUGAAAAAUUACGGCAUGUAGCUGUAAUGUGCUCGUCUAUGUAUGUGCUCUGUUCAUAGUUUCAAUGUACGGCGGACUUUGCACUUCUAUGGCCGGUUGCACAGGAAUAUGUCUCACAUGGCUGUUAUAGUGCUAUGGAAGUAUAUCUCCAGAGCAGAAACAAAACAGCCAAUUUUGAGGUGGGCAAACAGCUGAGAAUGGUCUUUUUUUAAUUUGGUAUAACACUAAAGAGCAGGUGUGUCUGCUUGCAGCGACCAGCUCUUGGUCUUCUUGUGUGUGUUUGUGCAGAGACUUUGCAUCUUGUCUUCCACCACAUCACUGUUGGGGGCAGAAAUGGAUCAUGCUCUGAAAACUGAAAAAAGAAAGAAAAGGAAGUAAACAGGAAAUGGGAAGGGCGAGAGAGAGCAUUAAAUAUGGCUUUAAAUAGCACAAGCAUGUUACGAGAACAAGGGAACAGCAAACUGAAAAACAGUUCCAAAAGUGGAUUUCAGCCAGAAAAAAAGGAUGUUAGAAAUGUGCCUCAGUAAUAAGAGGGAAAUCAGAGAAAAUUGCCUCGCUGCUCAUCUGGCAAUGUGAACUAAUAUUGAAAAUACGAAAGAAGAAAGAGGAAAAAGAGGACAAAUGUUCAGUGCUGGCUUUGAUUCAGCCUUUCUAAAGUUCAGGAUAUGACUGGAUGAUUAUGCAAACGUGUAAAAAUAAGGGAAGGCAAAGAAUGAAAAUGAAAAUACAGAAGAAGAAGCUCAAAUUAUACUUACCUGAUUUCAAGGAAUUGAGCUGAGCCUAAAGUAAUACACUGUUGUGUAUGGAACUUGCUUGAGAAAUGCUGAGUUAAAGAUAGACAAAUCUCACAGUUUUGGUUUCUCCUCAUUUCAAUUUUUUCCAAUCUUAAUUCACCCUUAUUUCUGCAUCAGUUUGUAAAUAUUUUUAAAGUUCAUGAAAAAUUAUUUGCAUUUUCCUGUGCUUUUCUCCUGAUGUGUUUUGGAUGCAGUUGUGCCCAGCGUAUGCAUUUUUGCCAGCAUAUUCCCUAAUAUGCUAUUAUCACUAACACAUAUUUUUAAUGUCUGCAUUCUUUUACAUACUGUUGUUAUUGUUGUUAGAGAACUGCAUCACAAAAGUGCAAAUUUCAAAGGGUAGCUGUGUCUUGUGCUUGUGUACUGGGUCUAGAAGUCUGGAUUGGGUAGAUUUACUUCAGUAUCCAAAGUUUGAUCUUCGCCCUUCAAACUAGGUCAAAUUACAAAUGCAAACACUUCUUGACUGGCAUAAACUGAGAAGUAUUUCAAAUGAAUAAGAUAGUAGCAAUAACGAUUGGAUUCUGAGUACACUGGUACCUUGGUUCUCGAACCCAAUCUGUUCUGGAAGUCCGUUCGCAAACCAAGGCAUGGCUUCUGAUUGGCUGAUUGGCCCUGGAAACAAUGCCAACAGCCGAAAUGGACGUUCGGCUUCCAAAAAACGUUCGCAAACCGCAACACUUACUUCCAGGUUUGCGGCGUUUGGGAGCCGAUAUGUUUGGGAUCCAAGCCGUUUGAGAACCAAGGUACCACUGUAUUUCACAAUUCACUGAAUAUCAUCUUUGCAGAUGUUAUUUGGAAUCAAAUUUUGUAGAUCUGUGGGUAAACCACACACAAACACACAGCAGUCCCUGUGAGUGAGCACAUUUAUGUGUCCCGAAAGAGAGAGGAUCAGACAGCUGAGACUUUGUAGAUGGAGUUCAGCUGUGGUGAUGGAAGCUGCCAAAGUUUCUCUGGGGAUCUGCCUGCUGAUGGAGUGUCUAUUUGCUUCCAAAAGGCUCUGCUUAUAUAUCACUUCUAGCUGCAGGCAGGUGUUGCAUACCAACAAAACUGUAGCCGAAACAAGGCCACUGGGGAACAAGCUGGAGGUAUCAGCAUACUCAUGGAAACCCUAAGUUUUCAAAGUAGGGGGAAAAACCUAAGAAAGUGGAACACCACCACCUUUCAUAAAAAAACCACACCAAUGAAGACUGGGCAUGCCCACUGGCCAUAUGAAAAAGGGAAUGGAGUAUGAUGGGAAGGGGCAUAGAUCUGUGGGUCACCAAACAGGAGCAUUUUGCACAGCAGAACUUUUUCUCAAAUGUUCAAGGAAUGGUAAGUCUUCAAUGCUACCUCAUCCAGAGGGAAUUAAACCCUGUAGGACUGUCCUUGAUGUCUUGCCACUUAGGGAAGUGGUGCCAUGCACUCAUGACAAUUUUUUUGAGGUACUUGGAAAAAACCGUUCAGUGUGGGUGGUAAAUGUUUCUAAGGAAAUCAGUUCAUAUUGCAUAAUUGCCUACCAAGUUUUAAGGAAGUGAGAAGAGAGGUGGUUAAAAGUUACAACAGAUACCCUAGUUGGAUCCAUUGUCCUUCUUUGUUCUCCUUCAGUAGAGUUUCUCCUGUUCUUCCAGCUAGCUAACCAUCCCAAAUCUGUUUGCCAAAGCCCACGACCUCCCCUCUGCUUGUCUCAGGUGGCAUUGCUCUGGACUGCUUAGCUCCCUGAAGAAUGGAUUAUUAUCAGUAGUUUCAUGAACAGGAACACCACCAGUUGAAUUGCUGUCUUAACAAAAUGUCCCUUGCCUUCACUUGUUCUAAAAUAAUAGGACUAAAGGUAGGGGCUGAGUUCAGCAAAGGUGCUUUCUAUUUCCAGCCCGUUUUAGUCACUCACACCCUACGCUCAAGCACCAUUUGGCAUACUGGAGUCCUUGACCUAAUUUCCCUGUCAUCAGAAGGGAUAGGCAUUGUUCCUGAACCUCAUCCACCUUUUGUUGCCUUGGAAACCAUGACAGCUAGCAGUCAUAUUUGCUAAUGGAAGGUCAUCUGCCUUCUGAGUUGGACUGGUAGACAGUUUUACUAAAGGCAUACUGUGAAAGUCCGCCAUUUCAAGGUUCUGUAUCGGGUAGAAGAAGAGACUUCAGGAGAAGGGCCAAGAUUAACACCAACGUUUAGUCUAAUCCUAGCCUAUAUUCAAUAUUAAAUUGGGGUGGGGAGACCCCAUUGACCAUGAAACAUUAGCUGACGAUUCAACUAUUCAUGCCUACUUCUAAUAGACCCAUGGCCUUUAAAAAGAUGUGAUUGAGUCUGGCUCUGGAGCAGUUCUAAGCUUAAAUGUUCCUUAAUACCAAUUUCAUUCUAUAUCUUUUAAGUUUAUGAGGCUGCUGUGAGACAGCCUCUAUUUAAAGGGCCUAUGAAGGGAGAGCAGAAGAGCAGAAGGGGCCAUGACUUUGUCCGUCAAUGGUUAUUACAAGUGCUUUUUUUCAAGAAAAUAGGUGCUAUUUUCAAGAAAAUAGGUUCUCACCAUGAAGUUGUUACAGUAAGUUGCUGCUCGACAACCCUGAACAGAUGCUGGUUUGACAACAGCUUCGUUCACCGCAGGCAGAGGAGUGAAAAACUAGGGCAAGCUGUCUCCCUAGCUAAUUUUUGGGUCACCCCUGGUUCUGGUGCAGGUCAAAUAAAUGUGCCCCUGCCAGUGCCAGAGCCAGUGUGGUGUAGUGGUUAAGAGUGGUGGACUCGUAAUCUGGUGAACCAGAUUCAUGUCCCUGCUCCUCCACAUGCAGCUGCUGGGUGACCUUGGGCUAGUCACACUUCUCUGAAAUCUCUCAGCCUCACUCACCUCACAGAGUGUUUGUUGUGGGGGAGGAAGGGAAGUACGUAAAGGCAAGAAGCAGGCAGGGGAGAGCUGUCCCUCAAUGGCACCCAACUGAGAGGUGCCGGAACUGUGUUCCAGCGCACUCUGGCUGAAAAAAUGCACUAGUUUUUACCUAGGCAGCAGACUGAGCAGGCACAUAGGUAACCUGGGUGAGAGGCAUUGUCUUUCUUUCUUUCUUUCUUUCUUUCUUUCUUUCUUUCUUUCUUUCUUCCUUCCUUCCUUCCUUCCUUCCUUCCUUCCUUCUUUUUAAUUGGAUUAGUCCAACACAAAAAGGAGAGAAGCAAGAUAAAGAAAAACAGUAUACAACAAAAGGUGAGUAAGCACAAACCUUUCAGUUGUGUACAGAGAUUGUGCAAAGCAAUGGGUCAGUACAUCUGGCUGUUAACCAGAGGUUUGGUGGGUAGGAUUGCUGCAUUACAGGGGGCUGGACAAGAUGACCCUCAGGGUACCUUCCAAAUCUACAAUUCUAUAAUUCACAAUGUAGGGAUUCUUGUCAUUUGGAAACAUUUAAUUUAGGCUUGAAAGACAAAUACCCAGAAGAACUAGCAGGUGAGCAAUAGGUUCUAUUGCUAUGAGAGAGAGAGAGAGAGAGAGAGAGAGAGAGAGAGAGUCAGGGAAGACCUUCAUCUUGGUACUGGGCAUUAGCAUCACAUUCUCCCAUACCCUUCUGGAGAGGCAAGCCAUUGCCAUAACUGCAUUGCCAAUACACAAGUCCCGCUUAGUGUCAAUGGAGAGGUUGCUGGUUAUGGUGGAACCCACGUAGACAAAAUUGUCUGUUAGUAUAAUGCCCAAUCAAAUGAUGUCAAGAGUCAUUAAUGUUUCCAUUUACAGGCAAGCAAAAAUCAUAAAAAUCGACCAAACAGCUGC